AUGAAGCAGCCCACAGCACCGGCGGACUCGGAAAUGUCCCUCUCGAAGAUUGUGGAGUCUUUCCUCCUACACCAACACGCCCAGUGUCCCUACCCGGUCUCUGUGUGCCCGCGAUUCUCGCUCUACCAUCCGCAUCGAUGCCCCGAGCCCCAACAGGACUCCUCAAUUGACUACACUCGAAGGCUUUUCAUGCGAGAGGCCUUUUCUGGCUCUAUGCGCAUGCGCUGCUCACAGAAGUAUGAUAGGCGUUUCAUACACAGCCGCUUCCAGCCCAUCUCGGUCGUACGAGAACUGGAUGAGGACGUGCAAACAGCCGUCUGCUUUUCUGUAAGUGCUUAG